AUGAACGCUGAUCAAAGCAGGUGCAAACCUCAUUGUAGGGUUUUAUUUCCCAUUGGAGCUUAUUGGCUUUUAGAAAUAGAAAUGGAACUCGUGUUCAAGAGAUUUUUCCUUUUUACUCGUUCUGUACCUCCAUCAUCAUCCUCUUUCGGAUCGGAGGUGAAACAACGAGUUUUGUGCUUAGUGUGGUUAAAUCUAGACCCCACUUACCUCAGACCAACAGCAUCUUUCCGUAACAAGCCCUUCUGGGUAAGUGCUGAGGAUGCAAGGCACACCACCACUAGGCUAGCAAACAUCAUUCGGAACUACACUAGCCAUAUUUUUGGCUCUGGGCCAAACGUCCAAGAGAACAGGGCCACCCGGAUUUGGCACACAGUGACAACAUUGCGAUGGAUGCUGACCAAUGUUCCAUCUGGCACGCAUGCUAAUAGGGCUAUUUGCAUAUUUGUGGCCAAGCUUGAUGCCACUUCUCCAGCGGCUCACAUGCUACAAUGGAAGCUGAUGGCGUUCAUCUGGGACAGCUCGCGGCUGGACUUCGAGGCGGCGCAGGACUGCGAGCUGGUCACCGCCGGCGAGCUGUUCGGCCGCUCGGGCUACGGCAUCGGGCUGCAGAAAGGGUCACCCUGGGCGGACGCCGUCACGCUGGCCAUCCUCGACUUCCACGAGAGCGGCUUCAUGGAGAGCCUCGACAACAAGUGGAUCCUGCAGGGCAACCUGAACCUGGCGCAGUGCGAGCAGAACGAGAAGACGCCCAACACGCUCGGCCUCAAGAACAUGGCGGGCGUCUUCAUCCUGGUGGCGGGCGGCAUAGCCUUCGGCGUCGUGCUCAUCCUCAUCGAGAUGGUCUACAAGAAGCACCAGACGCGCAAGCAGAAGCGGCUGGAGCUCGCCCGGCACGCGGCCGACAAGUGGAGGGGCGCCAUCGAGAGGGGAUGUGCAGCGGAGGUGCAGAAACGCAAGACGCUGCGCGCGACCAUCGCCGCCCAGCGCCGCCUCAAGGCCAACGGGGUGAACGACCCGUCGGCGCUGUCGCUGUCCGUGGAGGCGCUGCCGCCGCUCGGCGCGCCGCUGUCGCUGGCCGGCAUGGCGCUGCCGCCGCUGCCCGUGCACCCGCAGCAGUGCCUGGGCCAGGGCUGGCCAGGCAGCGGCACGGCCAGCGGCGCGCCCAGCGGCGCCCCCAGCGGGACCAACACGCCCUGCGACCUGCGCCAGCGCGGCCGGCUGGCCAGCGUAGGCCGCCACCCCCAGGACCAGAUCCACGUCGCCAGCGUCACCUCGCCGCCCAGGGGGCCGAGGAGUCGCAGCACCUCACCGCACAGCUGGGUGUACAGCGACGCGGACGUGAGCGAGUAAGGCGACCAUCAGUCGGCACGACGUGAGCACGUCACGCGGUGGUCACAAACACGUCACGAGCACGUGCUCAACAACGGCGUGCUAGCGUGCGGCGGCACCUUCUCGUCGGCGCGGUGUCACCAACAUGUCUUCCAGAACCGCUCCCCACUCCAUCACCAGACUGGACUUCUCGCCAUGAGAGUGACCAAUACACACCUCUCCAGCGAAGAGGGAAAGACUUCGUGUCCCGAAACUGUUUUCCUUUAGAAGUAUGAGCCGUGUGGCCUCGUAGCGUUGAUAGUGGAUCUAGUUCAGUUCGGACCAACUGUCCCGGGUCGCGCAGCGCGCACCUCGGCGACGUAUUGACGGGCGGGGGCAGAGCGGAGGGCCCAGCACGCCACACAUAUGAAGCUUGCUCAUUGUUCGGAUUUCAGAGGAUCGACAAUACAGCGUGCGUUCCAUCCACAGGUUACAAACUUUUCAAUGUUGAAAUGUGACAUCUCCUAUUAACUUUUUAACCGUUCUAGAAAUUGGUUUCGAAUGUCGUUUAAACCCGGUGUCAAAUCAGUACGGCAGAUGGGGAUUCAAUUGUUUGAGCAAAUCAUGGAAUUUGAGGCGGGACACCAAUUAAUGUGAGUGGCUUUAGCUAAAUAUUUGUACUAUAUUGCAGAACCCACGGAAGUGCCACAUGGUUAAGAUAAUAAAUACAUUUUUACUAGUA